AUGCUUCGAAGCAUAGACGCGUCAUAUCAUGUAACUGUACAUAAACAAGAAAUAAAAUAUUUUUCACGUGAUUUUCGUCAAUCAUUUCGAAUGGAACUGGUGUUGUCGAAAUUAUUUACUCGUUCAUCAACGCAAACUCAUGAAAAAGAUAAAAAAGAUGUUGGAUCACCGUCGAGAAGUCAUCGAAGUGAUAAAAAGGUUGUUCGCCAUGCUCGACAUCGAUAUGAACGCCCGUCAACACUUCAUACUGAGAUAGCAAUAAAAAACGUUCGAACACAUGCGCAAAAUGAAGCUGUGUUACAGAAUGCAAGAUACACAAAGUUUCUGUCUGAUACAUUACAAUUACAUAAUUAUUAUCGUGCACGUCAUUCAGCAGCUCCAUUGACACUUAGUCAACGCUUGAGCUAUAUAGCUCAAAAAUAUGCUGACUACCUAGCAGCAACAUCCAAAUUUGAACAUAGUGGAAAUACAUUUGGAAAUGAAACUUUAGGAGAAAAUCUUUAUAUGCAAUGGAUUUCUCAUGGUAGAGUACCGGUUAGCGCACGAGAGGCAGUAAAAAGUUGGUAUGAUGAAAUCAGCUUAUACAAUUUUAAACAUCCAUAUUAUUCGGAAGAAACAGGGCAUUUUACACAGCUAAUAUGGAAAUCAACACAAAAAAUGGGUGUAGGAGUUGCUUUAUCAGCUGAUGGACGAGAAGUUUAUGUAGUCUCAAAUUAUUAUCCAACAGGAAAUAUUAUAAAUCCCGGUUAUUUUGAAGUAAAUGUUUUACCAGGCAAAUCUUAA